AUGUUUAGGAAGAGAACCAUAAGUAACUUAAAACAUCGAAAGAAAACGGAGGACAUAAAGAAUGAAGAAGAAAAUAGCGGUGAAGAAAAAAAAGUCAAAAGGGAGGAAAAUCCAAAUGAUGAAACACUAGAUAGCAUUAAUGAAAAAGGCGAUCUACACGAAAGAAAAGGCAGUAAUGAUAAUGAUGAUGAAGAUGAUGUGGUGUGUAAAUUUUUGUUCAAAAAAAAAUUAAAAAAGUUGAAUGAGGAAAACAAUUUGCAUUUAAAAAGGAAACACAAAAUGAUGAUACAAUCAAAGAGUGAAGACGUUAAAGAGCCCAAUAUAACAGAAGAUCGGGUGUACAAGGGGGAUUUCACCGUUUCGAAAAAUUAUGGCUCGUACGAUAUAGACGAAGACUCUAAGAAUGACUAUAGGGCUAGAAUGGAAAGGAACAUCGAAAUAGGAGAAGAAAUACUAAAGGGGAACUUAAAGGACAAUGUUUAUAGAGGAAAAGAUGCUCACGAAAAAGCUCUGAUGAUUAGCAAAGAUAGCUUGGCCAAAAAUAAGUACACAGGAUUGUAUGGCCCGGUACGGAAUAGCGGUGCGAAUGUGAGAGUCACCCUAAGGAUUGACUAUGAACCGUGUAUAUGUAAGGACUACAAAGAAACGGGUUAUUGCGGAUUUGGAGAUACGUGCAUUUUUUUACACGACAGAAGUGACUACAAAAGUGGGUGGAAAAUUGAACAGGAGUACGAGGAAAAGCGAAAGCGAAAUGAAGCUCUCCGAAAGGAAAAAUUAGAAAAAUGGAACGAAAAAAUGUUGCGAAAGUUAAAAGAAAGAGAGGAAAUAUUGGGUAGCUGUGAAGAUGGGGGCGAUGGGGAACACGGGAAAAAUGCGCAAAUUGAAGGAGAAAAUAAUGGAGGGGAAUCCCCAGACUUAUCCGCUGUUUCUUCCUGCACAGAAAAGGAAAACUCUGACAGCGACUCAAGUGAUGGCGAAAAUAAUCUCCCAUUUGCUUGCAUAAAAUGCAAAAAGAAAUGGAAGCUCGAAAUGAAUCCAAGUGUCACAGAAUGUUUCCAUUACUUCUGCGAAAAGUGUUUCAUUGAAAUGUUUCAGAAGAAUAAGAAAUGUUUCAAAUGUGGAUUGCAGUUAAAUGGAAUUAUGAAUGUGGCCCAUAACAUUGUUGACAUUCUGAAUAAAAAAAAGUGUCCGAAAAAAAAUUAA